UAUCCCCCCCCUCCCCCUCUCUCUCCCCCGUAACCGCCUUUCGCCCCUUGCACGGUGAGCUAUCGCGAGUGGUGGGGAUAGGGAUUGGUCGAGAGAUCUCGAGAGGGAAGGAAGGAUGCUGCUAUCCAUGGAGUCUGUCGUCGCCCGCCCUUCUUCCGCCCUCCGCCUGAAGCCCCCUCUUCCCCUCCACCACCUCCGCUGCCUCGGCUUCGGUGCAGGCCCCCUCGUCGUUCGAGGGCGGUGGCGGUCCCUCGAUUUGAGCGUCGCCGUGGCGCGGAACGGAGCCUUGUCGACCAAUUCUGCGCCGCAAAGCAAUGGUGUGUACACAGUGGGUGAUUUUAUGACCAAAAAGGAAGAUCUGUGUGUUGUGAAGCCUAGCACUUCGGUUGAUGAAGCACUGGAGUUAUUAGUUGAGAAUAGAAUUACUGGCUUUCCUGUCAUUGAUGACAACUGGAACUUGGUUGGUGUUGUUUCGGACUAUGAUUUGUUAGCUCUGGACUCUGUUUCAGGUAGUGGACGGGUUGAAACAAGCAUGUUUCCUGAGGUUGAUAGUACAUGGAAAACAUUUAAUGAAGUCCAGAAGCUGUUAGGUAAAACUAACGGUAAAGUUAUUGGCGACGUGAUGACUUCUGCCCCUCUUGUGGUUCGUGAAACUACCAACCUCGAAGACGCUGCAAGGAUAUUACUUGCAACAAAAUAUCGCAGACUUCCAGUUGUCGACAGCGCUGGUAGAUUGGUUGGGAUCAUCACAAGGGGAAAUGUAGUCAGAGCAGCACUCCAAAUAAAGCAUGCAAAUGAAAGAAAUUCCCAAGUCUAGGAUGAAAUCACAAAGUUUGCAGUUACUUUUAACAAGAUCAUGAUGCAGCUGAUCGCUUCAUUGCACUUACUAUCUCAACAUUUUUGGAAAGGUAUGCAAUAUGGUAGUCAUUGAAUAUGCUCUUUGAUGUAUGAAUAGACUACAGCCAUAAUAAUUUGACAAUGAAGUCUCAGCUAUUUACCACAUUUAUGUUCUCUUAGACAACCUUCAACUACGUUAGUCUUUUCAUUAGUCCUAGUAAAAGAUGAAAUUUUGGCAAAUUUGAAUUGUGUUUGCUAUUGCCAUCGAUGGUCAUAUGCUGAAGCAGUGUUUGUAACCUAUGUAUUAAGUUAUGCUUAUUAAUUUCCAUAU